CUGUUCGAUCAUGUCGGUAUUCGUCGAUUUAUUCGCGUACCUUUGUCUCCUGCGUAUCGUAAGCAGUUCAAGCUUGACCGCACCUCCGCAAUCGGCAGUGGUGGUCGCGUUCGAAGAUGUUUACGAUUUGUCUUUGCUGGCCAAUACAUUGUCGGAUCAAUUGAUCGACGCCACGUUGAUAAUACCGGCGUCUAAAAAGGAGGACCUCUACGAGACGUUGAUCGACGUUGAGGUGCUGACGGUGGAUGUCCAGAUCGAGGAAUCCGCGUACCCAGAGACCAAGGCGGUUCAGGCCUGCGAGGCUCUGCUGAAGGAUGGACAGAUCGCCAAAAAAAUACAGGAAAUUCGACCGACUUUCGUCAUAUUCCCUGCGCUCAGACACGAUGGAUGCUUGAUACCGUGGACUAAGAGCAUCGAGUCGAUUCCAGUGAUAUGGACACGCAAUCGGGACGAGGAGGUAUAUGUGUUUGAGUACACAGGCGCAGCGUUGCCGGUGCAAAACGCUGGAUUUUGGUCCAGAUUGCGAACGAUAUUCACGAGGAGGUCGAUAUUCUCCGCGGGUCGGGACGAUUACGCAACGUAUGCUCUCCGUAUAGUUGGAAAAUAUUUGCCAGACACCGAUGUCAAUUUGGAUAAUCUUUAUGGCGAUGUUCGUCUCAUACUUUGGGGCGCUGAUACCGUCCUGCGGUCAGAUUUUGCACCGCUUACGCAGCUGAUAGUCGAGGUCGGAUGUCAUCACUGUCGAGGUGCGCAACCAUUGGAAGGAAGCGUGCACGAACUAUUGCUUGAGUUUCGACAGGGAACGAUUGUGGUUCUCCUGGACGACAAUUAUGAGCCGUUGAUUAGAGAGUUGGUGCAAAAGCUGCCGCAGAACAGAGAGGGCCAAGCAAUCAUUUGGAAAAACGCCAAGUUUCAGAGCACGGAUCGCGUGCUACAGAACUAUUUUGUUCGCACGGCGAUCGAUCGACAAGAUCUGAUAGGUUACAGCCGCACGAGAGUGGUGUUGAGUCACUGCGGCGACACAGAGCUCCUGGAGGCUGGGUUUCACGGAAGACCCGUGUUAUGUUUCCCCAGGAAUACCCACGAGUCGAAGAACUCUGCUCGAGCGACCCAGUUGGGUUUUGCGCGUUCCACGGAGGACCUACGCGCCAUCUCUGGCGAAGAGAUAUCAAACACGGUGAACCAGUUACACGAAAUGCCCGAGUAUCGCGAAAACGCUCGACGGGUAUCCUUGGCUAUCCGCGACAGGAUAAAUCCUGCCGUGGACAGGCUGAUUUACUGGCUCGGUUAUAUGGCGAAGACCAAGGAUGGUAACAUGGAAUUAUUCUCACCGAUGAACCCUGUUAGGACACCUAGCGAGGACCUCCAAUUUUUCCUUGGUCUCUUCGUGGGCGGCAUUUUAGGAAUUUUUGCGACCGUUGGUUGUAUGGUGGCGCGGUACAUCUUUAUCUCCAGACGAACCCAAAGGUCGAAGGGAAGAUACACGCGGUGAAAGACUAAAAAAUAAAAUAAUCGUUCGUCGAAUUGCUAUCUAUAUAAAAUAAAUAAAACAUAAUGAAAUUUUCUUUUGGUUAAACAACCAACGAAGAUCUCAAUUCUGUUCACUUACGAGCAACUGAUACGCGAACAAACUUUUAUAAAUAAAAAUGAAAACAUUUCGCGGCUAGAAGAACGGAAUCCAGGUGCUGGCUAAUACGGACACUUUUCGCAUAUGUAUUUAUAUAAAUGCACGUAGAGUACAGGUACAUACAAAUACAAAUGUUACGAGCUAGA